AUGGGGCAUGCUCAGUCUACCGCUUCGGUAACUGGGAAAUUAUGCGUCUCUUUUAGCGAUAUAACCUUUAUUAAAAGUAUAAAAGUGAGAUUGAGGGGCCUUCUCAGAGUUUCUCGCGAUGGCUUCUCGAUUCCAGAAGACCGUGAACAUAUUACUUUCGAAAGCUAUCAGGGUCUGGCGUCAUCUAAAACGCUCCGUUCCUUUCAAAUGCAAGCAGGGAAUUACGAAUUCGUUUUCAAUAUCUCAUUAUCAAGUAAACUGACUGAAACUCUUACUGGACCCAAACAUCAAUACCACUCGUACCAAAUAGAUGCUGUUAUCGAACGUCGCUACAGAAGGGCUAUUGUGUUAUCAAAACCGCUCAGGAUAUAUAAGAUUUCUGGACUGGAGACAAAUUACCUAGAACCACAAACUACACUAAACAUUGAAGGUGAAUCGAAUCAGAAUAUCCAGUAUCAGAUAUCGAUACCGAAUCGAAAUAUCGCCUUCGGAUCAACUUUCCCAGUGCAGUUCUUGUUUACGACGCCAUCCAAAAAUAUUGUACUGAAGUCCAUUAAAAUGGAGGUGGUUGAGAAGCACAAUAUUCGACUGGACGCCACCGCAGCUCAAUACGCUCUCAAUAUCUAUUCUGUAAGAUCAGAAAGGGCUUACACCGUCUUUGUGGAGACAUUCAACUUCCCCAAACGAAGUGAAUUUUCUAUAGUCGACCCCACCGAUACUGAAUGUUGUAUAUGUAAGCUUGUUUGUCUGCCUCAGACGUUUGACUCUUGCUCGCAAAGUAUUUCGACCAAUGCCAUUGAAAUAAGGCACUUGUUGAUCAUCAAUGCGGUAUUCCAAGAUCUGAAUGGGCAGGUCCUAGACCAGAUUGCGAAUACCAUUCCAUUUGUCAUUUACAUGACACCCAACGUGAUAGGGCAGGAUGCAACAGUGUGCGGUAAACUUAUUCAACAUAACAUCGAUCCACCGCCCCCAUACGGCAGUCAUAGUAUUCAUCCAAGGCUUUUAGGAUCUACUGGUAUGGAUAGUUGUGGUGUUUCAACGUCUGUGGAUACGAACGUCGACCAGAUUGCAAGCGAACAAAAUCGCUUCCCCCAGACAUUAGAACCUGCUCCCUGUUAUGAAGCACUUGUCCAGAGUGAACCUCCUAUCUGUUAA